AUGACAGCACAGAUGAGCUCCUCCUUGGAGUGGCGAAUGCGCAAGCAGCAGAGCAAGCUAGGGUUGCCGGUAGACGAGCCGGAGCAGCAGCAGGAGAAGUUAGGCUGGCCGUUAGUUAAGCCGGAGCAGCAGCACAGGGAGUUAGGGUGGCCGAUAGAUAAGCCGGAGCAGGAGCAGGGGGGAUUAGGGUGGUCUGUAGAUAAGUGGGUGGAGGAACAGGGGCAGCAUCAUACGGCUGACGCAAGCAGCAGCUUCUUCCACGUAGGCAGCACCGCAAAUAUAGUCAGCAACGGCGUCAUCCGUGUAGAUAGCAGCCGAGUAGAGAGCCACGUGGAAUUAGCAGGAGACGAGAGAGCAGCAGCGAAGGAAGAUGGAGCGGAAUUAGAACGAGCAGCGGCGGUCAGAUGGCGGGCGGAGAGGCAGUUGAUGAUUGCGUUGAGAGCAGCGGCAGCAGGGGGGUGGGUGGGGGCACUGGAAAGGCCGAGAGCUGUAGGGAACGCGAGUGUCUCAGGUUCGGCUCAACAGUCGUUAGGACAACCGAGAGUAGCAGGGAACGUGGGUGCCAACGUGGCAGGGAACGUGGCCAGGAACCUGCGUGCUACUGCGUUGAGGAGCAGGAAGCUGGCGGCCGCGAAGCUGCCGUCACAGAAAGGCUUCGUGAGCAUAGACUGUGGCUACAUGGGAUCUGCUGGAGCUAGCAACCUCGGUCUCAAGUGGUUACCAGACACGGCAGCGCCGGGCGGCAGUGUGGCGGUGAUCACCCGCGUGCCGGACGAACUGGUGGGGCAGGUGACGGUGGAGCAGACGCUGAGGGUGUUUGACGAUGGGAAGCCGUCAAACUGCUACCAGAUCCCCCUGGUUGCCCCAGGUCGCUACCUGGUGCGUCUCACCUUCUGGUACGGCAACUACGAUGGCAAGAACAUGCCACCCGUUUUCAACGUCACAGUCGGCACUGUGUCGCUGGGCCAGUACACGCCAUCCAACGACCAGAUUCUUGUGCUGGAGGUGAUAGUAACGGUGCCAGCGCGCACCCUCGCCAUCUGCCUCGUGCGCGUCUCGGCCGACCCCAUCAUCAACGCCCUCGAGAUCCGCCCGCUCCCUGCCGAUGCUUACAACGGGAGUGACUAUAGCGAGCAGCUGCUGCUCAACUACUGGAGGCUGUCCUGUGCUGGCGACUCGUGGCUUGUCGGUUCCUACCGGUAUCCUGACGACCCUUUGGAUCGUGUGUGGUACGCGGACAUGCCUCUAUUUGGCGACCCAGCGCCCGGCACCUACACCUACAUCCCCGCAGCCGCCUCUGUGGCCGUCACCAGCAGCAGCAUCGCCAUUCCCCCCAGCAUGAGCAGCAAUGCCGUGCCUCAGUUUGUGGUGCAGAAGGCGAGGACUACUAAGGGCCCUCAGGGGCUCACCUACCGCUUCUAUGGGCUGGCCCCCGGAAAAUAUCAGGCCUACCUCUAUUUUACCGACAUCAUUCCUCCUGCUGACGCCACCAGCAACAACGCCCCAUCAGCGGACCUCCUCCUGGCCAUCCUGAUUAAUGGCUCGCCUCUCCUCCGCAACGCCCCCGCCCUGCCCUCUACCGCUAACCGCCAGUGGAACAAAAACACCGCCGGGCAGCUCAGCUUCGCUUUUGACGUUGUUGGGGCAGCUGAAGGGGCAGGUGGAAACGCGACGGCGAAAGUGCAAGGGGCCGGGCAAGGGAACGGGCAGCAGCAGGGGCCGCAGGGAACGGUGGCGGAAACGAGUAUACAGCUAAAGGCAGAGGAGGGGAGUAGGGUGAAGGAGGUGGGGUUGUCUGGACUCGAGCUGUAUACUGUGGUGGAGCCAAAGGCUGCUGUGCCAAAAGGUCAAGUACGCGCCCUGUCAUGCAUCAAAGCACAGAUGGGCGGGGCAGCAGCGUUGGAUGGCUGGACUGGCGACCCCUGCUACCCCAUUGUGUGGCCGGGAGUCACUUGCAAGACCUCCCGCCUCCAUUCUUCCGUCAUCGGCCUGAAUCUAACCCACCUCAACAUCUCCGGUCCUUUCUCAGCCUGCAUCUCCGAGCUCACCACACUGCAGACUCUCUGGAUGGACCACAACCGGCUUCAAGGCUCCAUCCCCUCGUCUAUUGGGAACCUCACCCAGCUGCGAUCCAUCAAGCUCAACAACAACAAGCUGUCAGGGCCUGUCCCCGCCUCCCUUGCUGCUCUGCCCAACCUGCAGUUCCUAGACCUAAGCUCCAACAAUCUCUCCGGCCCCUUACCUUUCAACCGCUCCAGCAACGUGCAGAUUGGCCUGAGUGCCCCGCUCCUCUGCUCCCCAAGCUCGUCCUUCAACCUCGUUCAAACAUCCCCCCCCCACCUUCCUCCGCACAACAUCCCCAAACCCUCUGUCUUCUCGUCCCCUUCCCUGCUUCCGUUUCUGCCCCUUUGCACCUUCUCCCACAGUAUCUCUGGAAAUCUCAACCUCUGCUUCCCAGACGCCUCCUUCGGCCUCCCUCAACCCUCCCCCACUCUUCCCACGACAACCCCAAACUCUCGCUCUUCUCUUCCCUUCCCUGCUUCCGUUUCUGCCCCUUUGCAACUUCUCCCACAUGUCUCAGGCAACCUCAACCUCUGCUCCCCAGACGCCUCCUUCGGCCUCCCUCUGUUGUUUCCGGAAUCGACCCUGCCCCCCUCCCUCCCCUUGUCUUCUCCACCCCCUUGCAGUGUCUCAGGCAACCUCAAUCUCUGCUCCCCAGACUCAUCCAUCAACCUCCCUCAACCCUCCCCCACUCUUCCCACGACAUCCCCAAACCCUCGCUCUUCUCUUCCCUUCCCUGUUUCCGUUUCUCCCCUUUUCAACUUCUCGUGCAGUGUCUCAGGCAACCUCAAUCUCUGCUCCCCAGACGCCUCCUUUGGCCUCCCUCCCUGCAACAACACCAUCCCCACCCCCUCCUCCUCCCCAUCUGACACGUCAGCACAAACUGCCACGUCACCUGCAGCCAUGAGCACAGCUGUCCUCAUGGCGCUCAUCCUAGGUGUCAUAAUCGGCGUGCUAAUGGUGCUCCUCGCCAGCUGGCUGCUGCUGAGGUGGCAGCAGCGGGCGGCAGAGAGAGGAGGCAUGGGAGGAAGGAGCGGUGCUGGUGGUGGUGGUGGCGGUGGUGGUGUGGGAGGGGAUGGGUUGGGGCAGCAGCCGCCUGUGGUAGUGUAUGUGCAUGGGGACACGGGGGCUGUGACCGUGCAAGCAGCAGGUACGAAUAGCACCAUCGCUCUCCCUUCUCUCAACUCUGCCGGAGCGACUCUCUACACGCAGAGCAACCAGGUGCUCCUCUCGCCCAAGGCUACUGCAGGCUUGUCCCCCGCAGCAGUAACGGCAGCAGCAGCAGCGAAGACAGCAGCGAUAGAGGGAACCGAACCUCCUGCAUUCAAAGCCAGUGUCCUCCCAGCGGUACCUGCCAGCCAAGAGGAGACUCCCCUGCUGGCUCCUGCACCAGACAAGCCAGCAGCAGCACCAGCAGCAGCAGCAGCAGCUGAAUCAGCGACAGCAGAAGCAGCAGUGCCAGCAGCGCCGACCGAGGGGAUGGCAGUGCCAGGUGCUGGGAAUGCUGUGGGACCAGCAGCGUUUGCUGCAGGAGCAGCAGCGCUUGCCACAGGAGCAGCAGCUCUUGCUACAGGCAACUCUCCUGCAAGGGGGAAGGCUGCAUCAACUCCCGGGGGCUUUGGGCCUGUAUACCGGGGUGUGUUGCCAGACGGACGGAUGGUAGCAGUGAAACGGAGGGACGAUGAUUCACUGCAGGGAGACAGGGAGUUUGUGAAUGAGGUGGAUUUGUUGUCCCGAGCCUGCCACCCGAACCUGGUGGAGCUGGUUGGGUACUGUAGAGAGGCUCGGCAGCACCUGCUGGUGUAUGAGUUCAUGCCGAACGGGACGGUGAGGGAGCAUCUGUACGACCAGAUGGGGCAGCCGCUGGGGAGGCUGAGGUGGCUCACCCGCAUUCAGAUCGCCCUGGGUGCUGCUAGAGCCAUCCAGUACCUACACACGUGUCUCCAGCCGCCCAUCAUCCACCGUGACAUCAAGACGAGCAACAUCCUGCUGGACGGCCGGCUGAACGCGCGGGUGGCAGAUUUUGGACUGUCCCGGGUGGGCCCACAGGACAACAGAAGCCACGUGUCUACUGUUGUGAAGGGCACAGCGGGAUACCUGGACCCUGAGUACUUUACCAUUCAGCAGCUGACGGAUCGCAGCGACGUGUUCAGCUUCGGGGUGGUGCUGCUGGAGCUGAUCUCGGGCCAGCAGCCCAUCGACCUCAACCGCCCGCAGCAGCACUGGAGCAUUAUCGACUGGGUGAGUGGCUUUGAUUGGGUGAGCAGUGUUGUCUGGUCGCGCAACCACUUGCAGCAGGGCAACAUCCGGGCAGUAGCAGACCCGACCCUCCUCCCCCACGAGUGGGACGAGGAGGCCAUGUGGCGGGUGGCAGAGGUUGGCAUGGUGUGUGUCGAGCCAAAGUCCCUCAACUGCCCCCCCUCCCUUCCUUUCCCUCCUUCCAUUUCCCUUUCCCGACUCGUUUCCUGUUCCCAUCCCUACUCGUUCUCCCCUCCCUAUCCCAGGCGCGCGACCACUUGCAGCAGGGCAACAUUCGGGCAGUAG